UGAACUAUACAGAUUGUUUUCUAAUUCAUGAUCAAAUUGCCCCAAGAAGAGGUAGGAGAUUUUGAUCCAAGAACCGGCACCAUGGCCGGUCGUUUCCAUGUAGCUCCAGUACUUGUGGCUGUGCUUCUGGCAUGGGCAUGCCAGCUCCGGCCAACGGCGGCGGCCACGGCCAUCGGCCAUGAAGCAGGCCGCAUCGGCCGGCUGCCCGGGCAGCCGGUCGUGGAUUUCCCGAUGUACUCUGGGUAUGUCACCGUCGACGGGCGCGCAGGGCGAGCACUGUUCUAUUGGCUCCAGGAAGUGCCUGCCGCGUCCCAGCCGGCGCCGCUCGUGCUGUGGCUGAACGGCGGGCCAGGGUGCUCGUCGGUGGCGUACGGAGCGUCGGAGGAGCUCGGCGCGUUCCGCAUCCGGCCGGGCGGCGCGACGCUCUUCCUCAACAAAUACCGGUGGAACAGUGCGGCGAACAUCCUGUUCUUGGACUCGCCGGCCGGCGUGGGAUUCUCGUACACCAACACCACCUCAGACCUCUACAACUCCGGAGACAGGAGAACAGCACAUGAUUCUUACACCUUUCUGGUGAGAUGGUUCGAGAGGUUCCCACAAUACAAGUACCGCGAUUUCUACAUUGCCGGGGAGAGCUACGCGGGGCAUUACGUUCCCGAGCUGUCCCAGCUGGUCUACCGGAAAAACAAAGGAGUCAGCAAACCUCAGAUAAACAUCAAAGGCUUCAUGGUCGGGAACGCCGUGACGGACGACUACCACGACCAGGUGGGCACGUUCGAGUCGUGGUGGAACCACGGGCUCAUCUCCGACGCCACGUACCGGCGGCUGAAGGCCACCUGCGUCUCCACAGUGCACCACGACAUCGAGCACACGUCUCCACCGUGCGACGCCGCGUACGAUGCGGCGACGGUGGAGCAGGGCGACAUCGACCCUUACAGCAUCUACACGCCCACAUGCAACCAGACGUCAUCGUCGACGACGGCGAGGAAGAACUGGAGGCUCAAGGGGCAUUACCCCUGGAUGAGGGGAUCUUAUGACCCAUGCACCGAAAUGCACUCCACGGUGUACUACAACCGGCCGGAGGUGCAACGGGCUCUCCACGCCAACGUCACCGGCAUAAACUACACUUGGACGACCUGCAGUGGCAUCAUCAACACCAACUGGGGAGAUUCACCAAGAUCCAUGCUUCCGAUCUACAAGGAGCUUAUUGCAGCUGGCCUGAGGAUAUGGGUCUACAGUGGAGAUACAGACUCAGUAGUCCCUUUGACAGCAACAAGAUACUCCAUCGAUGCUCUGGGCCUUCCCACUGUCGUUAGUUGGUACCCGUGGUAUGAUAAAAAAGAGGUUGGUGGAUGGAGCCAAGUGUACAAGGGGCUGACCUUGGUGACCAUUCGAGGGGCGGGGCAUGAAGUUCCUCUCCACCGUCCAAAACAGGCGCUCAUACUGUUUCGGCACUUCUUGCAUGGCAAACCCAUGCCUAAAAAUGGAACUGUUGUGUAGUUUCCCUUUAUUUUCGUACCAUGAAUAAGAUGAAAUAUCAACUUGAAUUGCAUGUAAGAGGAUAUGACAAAGCAUGGAAGGAAUAAAGUUGCAUUGU